AGGGAAAAGGGGGAGAAAAAAAGUUGUCUGAUUUGCUGGAAUAGCGCAGGAGCGAAGGUGCACCGGUGGCUUUCAUAUGCGGUUAAAGCGAGGGGUGAGCGUCGCGCGCCCUGCGCCAUCUGAAGCUUUUCGAAGCUGUGCGCAGUGAGAGAAGUACGCAAAGAGCCCUGCGCUCGUGCAAACUUUCCUUUUCCCCUUCUUUCAAACAAAAGCGCAUCCCUGCAUUGGUUCACACUUUUGGUUCGCCGCGAUCGAUGGAUGUUUUUGGAUGAUCUUCAUUUUUUACGCGGAUAGCUGCUGCUCGCGUGGUGCGCAUCGCCCCAGGAAUGGCGCGAUAAAGUGACCACAGGAAUCGAACAAACUUGCAGUCACCUCGCUCUCGACAUGUAUUCUCCAAUUUGUCUCACUCAGGAUGAGUUUCAUCCCUUUAUCGAGGCACUUCUUCCUCACGUCCGUGCCAUCGCCUACACGUGGUUCAACCUCCAGGCCAGGAAACGCAAGUACUUCAAGAAGCACGAGAAGCGGAUGUCCAAGGACGAAGAGCGUGCGGUGAAGGACGAGCUGCUUAGCGAGAAGCCCGAGGUAAAGCAGAAGUGGGCCUCCAGGCUGCUGGCCAAGCUCCGGAAGGACAUUCGGCAGGAGUACCGGGAGGACUUUGUCCUCAGUGUGACGGGGAAGAAGCACCCGUGCUGUGUGCUGUCCAACCCGGACCAGAAGGGAAAGAUCCGCCGGAUCGACUGUUUGCGGCAGGCUGACAAAGUUUGGCGCCUGGACCUGGUGAUGGUCAUCCUUUUCAAAGGCAUCCCUCUGGAAAGUACGGACGGCGAGCGCCUCGUCAAGUCUCCGCAUUGCACCAACCCAGCACUUUGUGUCCAGCCGCACCACAUAACCGUAUCGGUCAAGGAGCUGGACUUGUUUCUAGCGUACUACGUCCAGGACCAAGGUCAAGACGCAGCCCACAGCCCUGUCAUCAGCCAGGAGAUUGAUCGUACAAGAGACUCACAGCAGUCCGGAAGUCCCAGUAACAAUGAGCCAGGCAAGAAUCCUCUUCCAGUGUACUUGGAAGACAGCUUCGUCAAAUCAGGGGUUUUCAGUGUUGCAGAGCUGGUGCGAGUUUCCAGAAUGCCCAUCACCCACGGAGCAGCAGUGAACUUCUCCAUGGCCGACAUGCCCAGCCAACCCUACUAUCAUGACCUGAACUCCAGCGUGGGGCUACAUCGCUCCCUAUCCUCACCUCCUGGCAGCAAAAGGCCCAAAACAGUCAACAUGGAGGAGAACAUGGACACCAGCCCCACUGGACCGGACUUCUACUCCUCACCCAGCUCACCAGCCAGCAGUCGGGCAAACUGGCACGACAGAGAAGGAGCAGACAUGUCCUCUCCUACCAUGAAGAAACCAGAGAAGCCGCUCUUCAGCCCCACCUCACCGCAGGACUCCUCACCACGACUCAGCACUUUCCCUCAGCCUCACCACCCAGGCCUAACGGGCGUCGGACACAGUGUUAUAUCGACGAGGAGCCCCCCUCCACAUUCGCCUCUGCAGUUCUCUGCGUCAGCCAUUUUGCCGCCAGCGCCAUCACCCUACUUCUCCCACACCACCAUCCGCUACCCGCCCCACCUCAACCCCGCUGAUCCCCUCAAGAGCUACGUGCCGUCAUACGACCCGUCCAGCCCACAGAGCAGCCAGCCUAACAGCAGUGGUCAGGUGGUCGGAAAGGUCCCAGGACACUUUACCCCAGUCCUAGCUCCAUCCCCCCACCACGGUGCGGUGCGUCCGGUCUCGCUCUCAAUGCCCGACACCAAGCCUAUCACCACAUCCACAGAAGGCUACUCAUCUCCUGGCACCCCGACAGCGAACCGUUUCGUCGGCCUGAGCCCGAGAGAUCCUGCCUUCCUCCACCAGCAACAGCUGAGGAAGUGUGACUGGAGCGUGACUCAAAACGGCAGGCAUUAUGGCCCCAGUGCCACUGACGACACUUUGGGGAUUACUUGGCAAAGUCCUGGUACCUGGGCGAGCUUAGUUCCAUUCCAAGUGUCGAACGGGACUCCGAUUCUGCCAACAAAUGUCCACCAGAACUACAGCAUAAACAUCAUUGGUGAACCCUUGGUCCCAGCCGAGUCCGGGAACUGAGGUCAGACAGGCCGGAUGACUCCCACCUCCUCCUGGUGUGGACGGGCGGGGGAUGCAGAGCGAGCACUUACACGCGUCCACAGCCAUGGAUGAAACCAGCAAGCAGCACGAGCUGCGCAAUCUCCACUCUCCUCCCCCCUUCCCCACCCCCAUCCCGACCCACGCCCCUCCUCGUGAUGGACACUGGCUGUGAAAGACGAGGCCUGGUUCCAAGGAGAGCCUUCAGGUCUGCUGUCACAACUCUCCAGCCCACACGUCCACCACCCACCAGUCAGUUGUUGUGUUUGCAGAACUGUUCAAUCCAUUCAAAUACUGUGAUGUAUAGAUGCCUUAAUGUUUUAUUGCAUGACACUCUAGUCUGUUAGCGGCAAUUCCUACUAUUUUUCCAUGUUGGGGAAGAUGUAAAUUCUUUAUUUACACACACACUCACACACACACAGACACAAAGGUGAUGGGGUCUGUGCAUCGGCAACGGCUGCCUGGUGGAUGGCUCCGAGACUCAAUGAACGCCUCUUAAAAAGAGGCGGAACCCCGUCAAACGAUUCACUGUGUACACCAUAGGAACAAACGAAUAAUAAUUGUGAAUUCAGAGUGUUUCUUCUUCUUCUGCCAUUUGAUUUCAGUUGACUGUGAUACAACUCUGUUCAGCAAAUGUGUUGACUUGUUAAUUCUUUUUCCUGCUACUUACCUUCAAGAGUAAUGUCAACAGAGUUGAGAACUCUCGAUGCGGUUUUCAAAAAACACUAAAUGUUCGACCAGAGAUUGGACCACAUUCAAGGAUUUGCGUCUCCUUUCCAAAAGGAUGGAAAAGAAAAAUCUCGAUAGAGGCAAGUGCAAUUAAAUUGUUGAAGGGAAGCUAUCAGUCUGUAAGCCCUAGGACUCUAAAGGAAGGGGGAUAAAUAUUAAAUGGUUUUAUGGGUAGAUGUAAGAUGAAUUUAAUUUCAGUCACAUAUCAGUUUACUAAUCGGAGAAAAACAUCAUGUGAUAGGCAGUUGAAGGCAAGCACUACCUGUGCAGCGUGGAGCAAAACCAGCACUUACUUGAGUCCUUCCCAUCAAUAUGGGGAGGGUUUUUCUUUUUUUCUUUUUAAUUUAUUGUGAGGAUAAAAAUAAUUGAACAUAAAUCGAGAUGAAGACACACAUAGUGUGUAAAAAAUCACAUUUGGUUUUGUUUUUUUUUUUUGGUGUUUUGUUUUUUGACGAGCAGUUGGCUAUCGGCUUCUAAAGCUUAUGUUUACGCGACAAAAAAAAAAAAAAAGGAAUGCAAAGUAUUAACAUACAAUUCAUGCAAACGUGCAGUCGGAUUUUGUGUAAAGCUACAGGUUGUGCAAGGUUCUCGACAGCGGAAGAGGCUGAAAACUGAAAUUAUGAAUCCAAGUGGUGGCAGUCCCUGAAAUCUAGAAUUGUGCAUGGCAUGUUCACAGCCAUUGCCUCCCCAGCCCAGACAUAUUUAUAUGAGGAAAAUCUCUCCAGUACUCUUAAUUUGCACGAUGGCAUAUAGUCCACAUUACGUGCCUUGCCUUUGAAUAUAGAGACAUCACUACAAUUGUUUUUUGCUGCAUUUAUCAUUAUAGGAAAACAGUAACAUUUUUAUGAUAAGAAUUGUUUUUGUACUCUGAAUGAAAUUGUUGAUUUUAACUUCAUGUACUACUUUAUCUCGCAGUUACGUUGCAUAUCAAGGCUGUGUAUAGUCGCUGUUUUAAAGUUUGUAAUCAACCAGCAGUUUGGUUUUUUUUCCCCUCCUCAGUAUUUUGGUGCCCCCCCCCUUACAAUUAACCUAUCUUUUUUUUAAUCCUUAUUUUCAAGCUCACUUUGUUCAUCUUCCAGUUACUAUUGCGGAUGGUGGAAUCCAGAAUUAUGAAAAUUAUGCAAUACCAAGUUUUGCCUACGUAGGUAGUGCUUAUAGAUGCGUCAGUUAUUAGAGGCUAGUUUGGAGAUAGACAAUAUUGUAAUGCAUUUAUUUUGUUGAUGUUUGUUGUUGUUGAUGUUGUUGUUGUUGUGGGUGUUUCCCUUUUUUAUUGACCAAAGUUGGGGACUGCUUUCUAUGCAGUGUAAGACAAGGUCCUUUUUAUUUUAUUUUAAUUCCCCCCCCCCCAAAAAAAAAGCAUAUAGGCCCACUGACGGUGAAACAAGUUCCAGUGUAGAUUGAUUUUUGGAAGGGUUUGUUUUUCUCCUUUCUAACUUGUAAAAAUUCACCCUUGGUCUUUCUCCGGCUGCAAAGUCACUGAUUGUUUGCUGUAAUGAAAAUAAUCUAACUUUAACUUUCCACCUGGGGUGCUAGCAUACGCGAUGUUGAUUGAGCUCAUUUUCACUGGAGAGACGGCUUGACUUGAGUAUGACAAUCAUUUUAAUAAAUGAUUUUUGCUUAGAUUCCCAGCCUGACUUUGAUCCAGAGGGGCUGGUCACACAACAAAUUUGCAAUGUACAUUUCUUCUAAGCGUUCUUGUAAACAGCUAGCAUACAGAUAGCUGUAAAUAACUAUGUGUGCGUAAAUAUAUUGAAAAUAACAUUGACAAAGUUUGUAAACCAUGUCUGUUUUGUGGCAUAAUUUAAUAAAUAUAUUGGCAGAAUAUAUUAAUUGCACAACCAAAAUGAUUUUGUUCAACAAAGUAAUUUGACGAGCUAAACACAUGCUAGUUAGCUAAGCUAGCUGGAUGGUGACUUUUAACAGGGAAGGGUUCAUUAACAGGCUAUGAAUCAGCUAAUAUGUUGUCAUUGUUGAGCAAAUUAUCCAAAAAUAGUUUUUGUUACAAAUACAAGGUUUAAACACAAGUCAUUCGUUCAUGUCCUAUUGUUGACUGAGAAAUGUAUUCAAUACAUUAAUCAAAAUUUCAGGAGCUACCUGGAUGCUAGCUAGAAUACUUGGUUCAGUGUUGGCCUUAGCAGAGUUUAGCUCAUUGUUGGGUAUCCUAUCAGAAAUAUUUGAAAUCACAAAUACAAGGUUUAAAAUUAAGUUGGUGGGUACCUGCUGAACAUUAUGCAAUAAACACAUAUGUAUUAAUCAAAUUGGCAGUUAUUCAGCAACCUCAUUUUGUGGGCUAGCUCCAUCCUAGCUAACCUAGCUGGCUGGAUUGGAAAUUUAGCAGGCUUGUUGAACAAGUCAUACCUAGCAUCACAAGUGCAAGGUUUAAAAUCAAGUCACUGGGUAGCAUACUAACAUUGUGCAAUAAACACAUUAAUAGAAUUGAGUCACAUUAUGUGUUACUUAACAGACUCAUUUUGUGAGCUAGCUGUAUCCUAGCUUGCCUAGUUAGCUAGCUAGGAAAUCUAUGAGGCUGUAAUUGUUUAAGGUAUUGCCAUUGUUGAUCAAACCAUACAGACAAGUCAAUCAGUUAUUGUGUAGCGGCCAAGUGGUUAGUGUGCUUGGUUUCAGUGCAGAAGGUUCAUGGUUCAAGCCCCACCCCGCCACAUUUUUCCAAGUAACGAGAAGUUGUGUUUGGAAGGGCACCCGGCAUAAAUCAACAUGUAGAUCCACCUUGGAUCUGCUGUGGCAACCCCAAGUGAAAACAAGUGAACAGCCGAAGGGGACUUACAUUGUGUCGUAGCCUAACAUUAUGCAAUAAACACAUAAUUACAGAAUCAGUCAAUUGCAUUACCAAUUGCUCAUUUUGUGAGAUAGCUGGAUACGCUAGUUAGCAUGUGAGCAAUCUUUGCUGCUGCCCAGGUAAUAAUUUAUUUGUAAUGUCCACCAUCAUAUUACAGCUGAAUGCAAGCUAUAUUAAUCUAUUUUUGGAAGAGUUUAUCACCAAGUAGAAGCAGUUUUUUUUAAUUGGUUUAUGUCUCAGCUAGCUUUCAUUUGGGGAACAUCUAUUGCCUCAAAUGUCAACAGUAUCAAGAGAUUUCAUUUGUUUGGCAGUCGACAUGAGUGAGUCUGCAUAAAACCAGCAUUUGUAUAGUUCCUUCCCCCAGUUUGCCCCAUUGAUGUUUACAUUAGAAUGAUUUGUUUCCGAGCCAGAAUUUCACUGAUUAAAAUUAAAUUCUAGUGUGCCCCCCCCCCCCCCCCCCCCCCAAAAAAAAAAAAAAGCUGUGACCAUGCUGGGGUUUCAGUCAAGUCUGUGUCUUUGCUCCAAUUCGAAUACUUUGAUGUGUCGUGCUAUUCCGGAAUGUCACAGAAUGCAAUUCCCAAGUAGAUGCCUUAAACACGUGUCAAGUGGCCUGUGACCUGCGCAACAAUCACACACCGACUAAUGCUCAUGAGACCUGUCCAAAUCAGUUUCAAGACAGGCUCAAGCAAGCCUUUAGUAAAGUAUUUUAUACGUCGUAGAUUUGUAUAAAUGUAAAUAUGAUAUGCACAUCUGUCAUUUCCUGAGGUGGAGUAGUGUGUUCGAGAACCCCGUAGAGAAUGUUGAUAAUAGACAGGCCGCAGAAGCCUGGUGUUUUCUCGCACUAUUUAUGACCCAGUAGGCAAUUAUAGAGUCCAUUAGAAGUAAUAUCGCACUUAAAUAGCACAUAGGCAAUCGCUGUCCCCGCCCCCGUACAGUGUUUCAACCCAGCUCUAUCUCUCAGGCACAUUUCCAGGGCAUUAUUAAUUAGCAUGUUUGGGGUUUUUUUUAUAUAUAUUUUAAAAAAAACUUCUCUGUCAUAGAGAGCAGCUUAUCCGAUGCUGUUUUGACAACUUUUGCACUCUUUACCAACAAUCGUGAAAGGAUCGGAAGCGUCCCCGUAGGACAGUAGGUUCCGCCGCCCGCUCUCGUGGCGCAAGCAAAGGGACGAAAUAUUUACACAAUCCUCAAGUCAAGCUUUAUCUCUCCGUCUUCACCCAGAUUUCUUAUGCAGAAAAAAGUCACCCCAUUUUAUGUGCACUGUUCUCUCUCUCUCUCUUUUUUUUAUUUCAUAUUUCUUUCUCUUCACAAAAAAGUGCUUUGCAGCCGGUCUACGGGGGGGUCAAACUCUGCCUUGGCAGCUUGAGGGUUGUUGUGCGCGCGUGUUAAAUGUGUGAUGGAGUGCCUCUGACACGACGAGAUAAGAUGAGGGUCUUGAUGUUGAAAACUCUGCCGUCAGACGGGAGUUUGUACACUGUAAAAUUUCACAAGAGUUCUUCUCUUUAGCCCUUAUUUGUAAAUCUUCAGUUCAGGAGAACAUUAGUCAGUUCCAUUUUUGGAAAAAAAAAAAAGUGUUUUAGUUUUUUAGGUUUUUUUUUUUUCUUUUUUUUUCAAGUGUGAUUUUGAGUUGGAACUCUCCUGGUUUCCCCAAUUAAGAGAAUUUGUUGAGUUAAGAAGGGGGAAAUAUGUAUACAAUCUAUAAAUUUAAAAACGACAACAACAAUGAAGGGUUUUUUUGUUGUUAUUGUUAUUAUUUCUGAACAUUGUUAGCGCUUAGACAUUUUCUUUGGGAAACGUGCAUUGUUGUUUGAUUAGCGUGGCCAUAGCAAGUGUGAUGUGAUUUAUGCUUCCUUUAUUUUCCAUAUGGGUGAGAAUUCUUGUCCAACAAGAUGGCGGUGUGAUCAUUUUGUAGCAGCUGGGAGGUGAUUGUCACUAACUGGCAGGAAGGCUGCGGGUUGUACGGCAAAAUCCGCAUCAGAAACGUCCUUGGCGAAUGUGUUCGAUUUGUUUUUCAGUUGUUUAUUGCAAGACAUUUGGUGCUACGUCUCAUGUUUCAGAUCGUGCCAGCUGGUAUUAACGCAUCUGUGUGGUUCAAGGUGAAGCCCCGAUUUAAAGUUUUAUUCAUUUUGCACUUUCAACACAUUAUCGAGGCACUGUUAAAAAAAAAUAAAAAUAAACCAUCAUUUUGAAGUAACCAGCUGCUCAGACAUCUUGAGUUCAUUCAACUCAAGGACAAUAGUUGGUUCAACUUAGGUGAAAGUUUUUGCUCAAAGUGAUAAGUUGGACUAAUUUGCAAUUUACACAGUGUCAACAACGCCAAGCUCACAGUACUUAAAAUAAGAUGGUUAAAAAAAAGGUUAAUCCACACCAAAUAAAAAUUAAAUGAGAAUUCAAACACAAUCCAAGUUUCUCAUCUUUUGUCAACACAUAAUUUUAUGUUGAACAGAUGAUUAAUUUAAGUACACUGAAUUUGAGGUUGUGAGUUGAAUUGAGUUGACAUGAAAAAAAUAACAACUUUCAGCAGGAUAACAAACCCUAAAAGAUGAAAAUCAACUGAGAUUGUGAACCGCGAUCCAAGUUUUCAGCUUGCUGAAUGCAUAGUUUUAUGUUAAAAAGGCUCUUUUAAGUGUGUUGAACUUGAAAUUGUACAACACAUGCCAUCGAAAACGAAAAAUGUCCACCUAUAAAACAAAAAGCACCAAAUUAAAAACCAGAAAGAAUAUGAAAUACUAUAUUCAGUAUGUAGUGAACACAUUUAAAUACCUGAUAUUUUAAGUUUGUUUAUCCUUUUAAGUAUUUUGAACUUGAGAUUGUAUGUUUAGUUGAUUUCAGUUUCCACAUAAAAAAAAAAAAAAAAUCAUCCUUUAGCAGGGCAACAAAUGCCAUCAGAUAAAAAAAUAAAAAAAAUCAGAUAAUAUGAAAUACUAUCCUGGUUUUUCACCUUAACACACAAUUUCAUGUUUGCCAAAUGUAGUAUUUUAAGUACACUGAGCUUGAGAUUGUGAAUUGACUUAACUUGAGCUUUAAAGAUUGUUGAACCCAUCACUUUGAGUGAAAUUUUUACAUUUUCUCAACUUUUUUUUUGUACUGUGCCUGAUGUGUUGUUGGAUUUUUUUUUUUUUUUUUUUUCACACUACAAACAAACAAAAAAUAAGUGUUACAUUGCAGUGAUUGAGAAUCAGGUGCUGUACCUUCCACCUGGUGGAUUUUGGGUACAUGUGCAGUCUGUUAAUAAGCUUGCAGAGCCUCACAGUGAUCUUAUUUUAGUAUUACAGCAUUGAUUGAGAACAAGGCAACUUUAUGCAAAGAGGAGCUGUGACACUCACGCAUGUGUAUUCUUGUGAUUACUACUACUUUUUUUUAACUGAAUGUCACAUGUUGUGUUCAUGCAGUGUGCAUGUGGACAAACCAUUUUCCAGAACGUCUUUUUUUUUUUUUUUUUUUUACCCAACAUGAGCAAUAUCGACCUGUGCGUUGGCUCGCUGCUGUCGUCACUUGGCAUCAGGUUUAACGUGAAAAA